AUGAAACAAAAAAAUAAGUUUCUCUUUUUUAAUAUAAUUGCUAUCUUUAUUUUUUUAAGUUGGGUAUACUAUUUUAACAAUGAAAACACAUUUAACAUAUCUUUGAAUGAAAACUGCAGACAUCGUAAAAAAUUAGAUACAAAAAUUUAUAGAUUACUUGCAAAAUAUAAACGGAAUAAGGAUUCAAGUGUUGUAUUUGUUAAAGUAAAGGUUCCAAUUAAAGAAGAAUAUGCAGAAAAAGAUGUAUUUAACAAGGAUGAAGUAUUAAGAAGAAAAAAUAAUCAGUCAGGUAAACAUAUAUCCAAUAAUAUCCGAGACUAUGAACUAUCUAGGAAAAAAAAUUCUUCUGUAUGCACAAGAAGAGAUUCACAUUUUGGAAAAAGAAUAUAUGACCAUAUAUAUUAUAAAAAUCAUGUUAGGUUUGCUACGAAUAAUGAUUUUAAGUUUUUAAAAAGUAGUAAAAAAAGAAAAAUAAAUAUGUUACGUGCUUUAUUUAUCAUAUAUCUACCCAUUGUAAUACUAAAUAUUGCUAUGAUAGAUUUUAGUAGUUGGAACUAG